AUGACUUCAACUUUUGCUAAGCAGCUUCCGGCAGUCAUUCCAACAACACUGUUUACAAAUCCAUACGCCAUUGAAGUUUUAAAAUAUAAAAAAGAGGAACUAGUAGAAGGAAUUACAAACCCAGACGAUCUCUUAAAUUGGUUUAUAGAGAAUGGAAUUUUAUCAUCAGAAAAAAAAAUGGCAAUCGCUUACUACAGAACAAAGAAAGAGAAAAAUUCCAGACUGUUGGACAUCUUGGUAUCUAAAGGUGAGAGGGCUUGCAGACUUUUUUUUUAUCCUUGUCUUAAAGAAAUUGAGCCCAGUUUAUAUAGCAAGAUGAAACAAUAUGUCAGUGAUGUAAAUGAAAGCAUUGGAGAUGGAAAAAGACAACUGGUGGGGUAUUUACUUGAAAGAGAUAAAGACAGACAUCAAACCCCCACUAAACAAAUUCCAGAGAGGACAAAAGAGUCAGAGAGUCUAACAAAAGUAGUUAAUAUUCCAACAGAGAGGACUAAUGUCAGAGUUAAAGAAAAAAAGAUUUUGCCAGAAAUUCCCAAUGUGAUCCCAAAAGAAUCUCCCUCAGUUCCUGCAAAUAUCUUUGAUGCAGCUGCAAAUGGUGAUCUUACAAUCUUGGAGGCUAUGUUAAAAAGCACUAAUAUUAAUGCAGUAAACCAAAAUGGUGACACUCUUCUGCAUGUUGCAGCAGCUAAUGGCCAAGUUCCUGUAAUUGAAUUUUUAAUUAGUAAAGGAGCUAAAGUUGAUGCAAAUGACAAAAAUCAGAGAACACCACUGCAUCGGGCUGCUCAGAAUGGACAUGCAGAGGCGGUGAGGGUAUUACUACGAGCUGGGGCCAAUAUAUAUUCCUUGGACAGCGACUCCCAGACUUCAUUGCACUUGGCAGUCAAAAACAAUCAUGACAAUGUAGUGAAGAUUCUUCUCCAGGAAGAAGACAGACGUUACAAAAAUAGGCCAAACUUCUUGCAUAUGGCGGCCGCUAAAGACAACAGUAAUUUAGUACAGCUGCUUUUGAAAAACGGCGUUAACGUCGACACUAAGGAUGAUAAGAAACAUACUGCUUUGUUUCAUGCUGUUUCAGGCAGCCAUGAAAAUACAGUAAAAGUAUUACUGGAAAAUGGAGCUACUAUAGAUCCAAGUAUUAUUGAUGUAGCCUUUAGCACCAACAAUGAAAGCAUUUUUGGGCUGUUAUUGCAAUAUUCCAAGGGAUUGUCUCCAGACACUUUGGUAUCUGCAAUGUUCAAAGCUGUUAAAAAGAAUCUAUAUGGCAUAAUCAACGCUUUAAUUGAUAAGGGUACUGAUAUUAAUGCAACAAAUGACAUCCAGUAUACUCCGCUGCUUUUGGCUGCAGAACUAGGACAUUCAGAAUCCGUCUAUGCUCUUAUUAAUAAAGGUGCCCGUCUCGAUGUUAGAACAGCGAAUCUGAACACUGCCCUGCAUCUGGCAGUACAAGCUGGAGAUGUUUCAGUCACAAAGCUGCUUAUACAAAAAGGAAUUAAUAUUAAUAUCACAGGCCCAGGAGACCAAACCCCACUGCAUGUGGCUGCUUUUCAUAACAAGCACAAACUGAUUGAUAUUUUGAUUGAAGCUGGAGCAAACGUUAAUGCUGUCACCAAGGAGUUAGUAACUCCUCUGCAUAUUGCAAGUCAGAGAGGUAACCUUGAUGUAGCUCAGCGUCUUAUACAGUACAAAGCCAAGGUGAAUUCAAAGGACAAACAGGCAAAGACUCCCUUACAUCUAGCAGCUAAUGGUGGCGAGGAAGCUAUGGUAGACUUGCUUCUUAAUAAUAAAGCUGACCCAAACGCUGCAGAUAAAGAGAAGAAGACCCCACUACACAUUGCCACGGUGGCAGGGCAGUCUGAGGUUGUAGAGAAUUUGUUGAAAUACCAAGCAAGAUAUGGCGCAAAGGAUAUGGAUGGUUGUACACCCAUGCAUUAUGCCGCAAUCCAAGGCAAUGCUGACAUUGUAAGAGCUCUAUUAAAAGCAGGGAAGAAUAACAAUUUGGAUGAUAAAAAUAUCUGGAGGAAAACCCCUCUUCACCUGGCAGCAGACCAUGGGCACAGUGACUUGGUGAAUAUGUUUUUGCAAAGUGGCGCAGCUAUAAAUUCUCUAGAUAACAACAAAGACACACCUCUGCACUGCGCCUGUAAGGCCGGGCACCUAAAGCCUGUGCAGACACUUGUGGGGUGGGCACAGGGGGAGAAAGCCAACUUACAGGCCACUAAUGCUUUGAAGAAGACUCCACUUCAAGUUGCUGAGUCUGGCAACACUGAUAGUCACCAACACAUUGUAACAUUACUGAAAAAGAAAAUGCUGAUAAUCAGAUAA